CGUUUAGCGCCAGUUUAUGGUUUCUCCCUCGCUCCGAGUGCUUGUGGAGGGUACAAGAUCUUCUUACCGUGACGUUUUAAUAACACACAAUUGAAGGAAUGGCACAUAGAUACGCGUAAUGUUAAUAACGGGAAAAUACAUACUGAUAGUCACAGGCUGGACGUCGAAAUAAAAGUCUGUAAAAGUUGCAUUCGGGCUAGCAAAGGACCAGAGGAGCUGUUCCAUUAUCUCUCUCCGACUCGACCAUAGGUCAUCUGGAGUCAGCCCCACUAUUAACAUCCCUACAAUGGACAGUGAGGAUGAUCUGGACAUUUUGACGGCGCUGCUGGAGGAGAGCGAGGGUGUCGGAGAGAAAGAUCGGUACGGCCUGGAGCGGGAAGACGACUUGGACGGCCUGUUUGAUGAUGACGGUGGGGAGGAAGAGUACAAGGAGGGCGUCGAGGAGGAGGAAGGGCGAGCUGCGGGGACGGAGGAAGACGCGGUGUCAGAGCUCUUUGGAGAUGUGGAUGACAUUGAACAUGAGGAGAAGGUCACGAAAGGAAAAGCAAGUGGAGCUGAAGCCGGGUCCAACGAGGCUUUGCAAGAGGAGCUGAGACAGAUGCAGGAGCAGAUGCAGAGAUUGCAGCAGCAGCUGGAGGCAAGUAAGAAGGUUUCCACCCUGUCGUCCACUCCAGUCCGGACUGCAGGGAGCUCAGCUGGUCCCAAACGCAUGACGCCCAAACAGACGCCUCCCAGACAGCUCCCCUCCAAAGUGACCCAGGCCAAACCCGCGGCCGCCACACAGAAGACACAGGCAGCGACGCCCUUAUCCACCCCCGUCAGAGGAGAAGGCGUGAAGCUCCACGAGUCUGCUGACUUUUCCAACCAGCUGAAUAACGCCGACUCCUUCAAACGCAAACCCAGGGUGGCACACCAAGCAAUACCCAGCACAUCACCGGAGGACAGGGGGCCGCUGGUGGAGAUAAAGCUUGGCAGCUCCUUUAAGCCCAUGGAGAGCACCGGCAAAGUUUCCAAUCCUCUGCGUUCACCUCCAGCCUCCCACACCAGACAUGCGGGAGCUGCAUCGGCGGGACAACCCAAGCCUUCGCCUCUCCCUGCUGUCCCUAAAGACGUGGCUGUUGAGAAAUACUCUGGACUGCGGCUCAGAAAACCUCGGGUUUCCUCCAGCGAGAUGGACCGCAAGAUGGCCGACCGUCGUCUGAUCCGUCUGUCGCAGUUGCCGGAGCGUUUGGCCCGGGAGAAACUGGAGGACAGUGACUGGGUGACGUUCGCGGUGUUGGUCAACAAGGCCACGCCGCAAAGCAGCAGCAGUGGCAAAACCUUCAGCAUCUGGAAGUUGAACGACCUCCACAACCUGGAGGUGUUCGUGUCCCUGCUGCUGUUCAGUGAAGUCCACAAAGAGCACUGGAAGACGGAGCCGGGCACCGUCCUCGGACUCCUCAACCCAAACCACAUGAAGCAGAAGGAAGGGUACGACGGGGUCAGCCUGACGGUGGAUCACCCGCAGAAGCUGCUGCUGAUGGGUGAAGCUCAGGACUUUGGCAACUGCCAGGCCAUGAAGAAGAACGGAGACCCCUGCUCUCAGAUUGUCAACAUGUACGAGUGCCAGUACUGCCAGUAUCACGUCAAGGCCCAGUACAAGAAAAUGAGCUCUAAGAGGGCCGAGCUGCAGUCGUCUUUCUCCGGGAAAGCUCCUAACAAGGUGAAGGGGAAGAGUGGCGGCAGCCUGAAAGAGCGGCUGUGUCAGGACGGCUUCUACUACGGCGGCGUUUCCUCGGCCGCCUGCGCUGCGUCACUGACGGCGACCAAACCUAACAAACCCACCCAGAAGACUCUGGACAAGCUGUUCGUGAAAGGCUCGGCUCAGCUCGCAGAUCAGGCCAAGAGGCUCGCUCUGCAGUCCGGUGAGGUCUCGGGUUGUACAAAUGAAUUCAAGGGCCUGCUGUCCAUGCAGACACCCGGCGCUCUGCAGCUGAAGAGGCACUUGGCGCACGGCGGCCAAUCAGCCCCCAAAGAUACGUCCGGAGCUCCCGUUCAGUCGAUCACAGCCUCAGACCUGCUAAAGCAGCAGAAACAGAAGCAGCGAGAGCUCCUGCAGAAUCGUCGACAAAGGGCGGAUGAGAUCCAGAAGAGGGUGCUGCAGAACUCUGCGGGGGUCAGACCCGGGUCGUCGUCGUCGUCAUCCUUGCUGGGCCGAGAGGGUCUGACGUCCCCAAAAGCAGCCUCUGAAGUCCCCAAGUCCACCCAGGGCCCUGCAGCGCCCCACACGCCCACCCUGGGCCGAGGCUUCUCCGAAGGCGAAGACAUCCUCUUUUUCGAGAACAGCCCCCUGUCAGCCCCCGCCCUCAGCAUCUCAGCCGCCAAGAUGGCUGCUCUGAAGAAACUGAGAGGUAAAGGGGCGAAACUUGAAAAAGAAGACCCCAACUCUGUGAAGAGGAAGAGGAGUAACGACAUCAACAUCAGCGCACGUGUGGAGAAGAACCUGACCUCACCCACUGGUGGAUCGUCGAGUCCUGAGGAUGAGGAGCCGGCCCUGAAGAAGAAGCGCGAUCAGCUGCGCUACAUUCAGUCGGAGGAGUUCCAGAAGAUCCUCAACGCCAAGUCUCGUCACGAUGUCGUCCUGCAGGCGGCUGAGUACCAGCUGCAGGAGCGCUACUUUGACCCUCUGGUGAAGAAAGAGCAGAUGGAGGAAAAGAUGAGGGGCGUAAGAGAGAUGAAGUGUCGUGCUGUGUCCUGUAAAAAGUGUAGUUACACUUACUUUAAGCCGGCGGAUCGCUGCGUGGCGGAGAACCACGAUCUGCGAUGGCAUGACGCCACGAAGCGCUUCUUCAAAUGUCCGUGUGGACAGAGAGCCAUCGCUCUCGACAGGCUGCCCAACAAACACUGCAGUAACUGUGGCCUUUUUAAAUGGGAGCGCGAUGGGAUGCUGAAGGAGAAAAUCGGACCAAAGAUCGGCAGAGAGCUUCUCCAGCCUCGAGGGGAGGAGCACGGCAAGUUCCUCAACAGCACGCAGUGACCGCGUGGCCGUCUUCACCACUGCCACAUUCUGGUUGUUAAGAUUUUAGUUAGUCUGGUGUCUUUCUACAUGUUUAUGAAUUAUGAUUUUAAAGGUGUCGAUCAUGGAGAUUUUAAAAUGUCUGUGAUUACAUUGUGUUUGCUGGAAAUGAGCUCAUUAAAGAAACAAUUUGAAACA